ACAGUCAGCUGCUUUAAAUGUGUAUUCAUUUUCUACAACUUUCUCAUUAUCUGUGUGAUACACAAGCUCCUGUGGUGCCACUGAUCAGUGUUGAUCUGAAGGAUAACCGCCCCCCCCCCGCCCCCCCGUUUAUGUGUAGGAUUAGACAGCGAGUGUGUCUCUCAGUGGGUCUCUGCGUGGAUCUGUACUCAUGGAUUGUCUUGACAGAUCUCCUGGGCAAUUCAGCAACUUCAAGAAGGACGACUUUGAGGCUGACUGGAUUAAGGUGGCUGAAUGCAGAUAUGGUCAGGUGUACCAGGUAAAGCUCAAGGUCUGGCGGGUAAAAUGUGCCCUGAAAAGCUUUGACACAACGUUGUGCGCAGACAACUUUUACAGAAGAAUAAUAGACGAGGCAUCCAACAUAGCCAAAGUGAAUUUCAAGUACAUUGCGUCCAUCUACGGAAUGUGCAGUGAUGCGACUGCUGUGGUGAUGGAGUACUUGAGUAAUGGAUCGCUGAACAAUCUCCUGGCCAGUCACACUUUGAUGUGGCCAAAGAAGUUUCAGAUGAUUCAUGAGGCCUCCAUUGGCAUGAAUUUCCUCCACAGCAUGAAACCUCCACUACUCCAUCUUAACCUUAAGACGUCCAACAUCCUACUAGACGACCAUCUCCAUGUCAAGAUUUCAGAUUUUGGUUUAAUCCACUUUGAAGAGGGCAUAAGCAAGAAGUUGUUCAUGGAGAAUCUGACAGCGAGAGGAAACAUAAGUUACAUUCCUCCAGAGAUCUUCACUCAGUGCCCCGAUCCUCCAGGAUCUACCUUUGAUGUGUACAGCUUUGGAAUUGUGAUUUGGGAGAUUCUGACACAGCAGAAACCGUACGCAGGGUGCAGCGUGACCACAGUGCUCUUACAGGUGUCACAAGGGAAAAGACCCAGUGAGGAAAUGAUACCUGAACAGAAGCCCAAUGAGUGUGAUCAGAUGAUCAGCAUUAUGAAGCAGUGCUGGGACCAGGACCACAGGAAGAGGCCACUAUUCUCAGACACUGUGAGGAAAAUGGAGGCCCUGAGUGAAGUCCUGAAGAUUCCUGGACCAAUCCAAUGUCACAAAAAUGGUGACGAGGGCCAGAAAUCAAAUUAUCCUUGGCUGGUGUCCCCGAUACACAAGAUUACUUUGCCUGAGAUGCCUGACCUUCCCUCAGAUGACCAACAUGACAAAGACAACAUUCUCUCUCUGCUGUCCAAGAAGGACUUUGGUACUUUCAGACAGUCUGUGAAAAGCGAGCAUGUGUACGAACAGAGGAGCCUCCUCCACUACACGGUAGCCAGCAGGGAUGCAGAGAGUGUCGAGCAUGUCCUGAAUCUGGGUGCUGAAGUCAACUGUAUGACUGCCAGAGGUUACACCCCUCUUAUUAUUGCAGUUCUGCACAGGCUUCAUGACAUCGUCUCUUUGUUGCUGGAACAUGGUGCAGUUGCCACCCAGGGAGAUGAGGACCAGUGGACACCGCUUCAUUUUGCUGCUCAGAACGGUGAUGACAGGACUGUACGUCUCCUGUUGGACAAAGGAGCCGUGGCGGAUGCCCGGGAAAAAGCUGGUUGGAUGCCCCUCCACCUGGCCUGCCAGAAUGGCCAUGAAACAGUGGUUCGCCUGCUGCUUUCACGGCUGUCAGAGGAAGCAGUUGGAGAACCGGAGGAGCAAGGGAGGACACCGCUCCACCUAGCCUCCGCCUACGGGCAUCUGAACAUUGCCAAGCUCCUCCUCUCUCAGGGAGCAGAUCCCAAUGCUACGGACUGCUCCCUCUCCACAGCUCUUCAUUUAUCAGCUGAAGAGGGCCAUAACAGAGUAGUCAGACAGUUGCUGAAGAGUGAGGUGAAUAUUGACAGUGCAGACAGCAGAGGAUACACACCACUUCACCUCGCUGCUCUGAAGGGUCACACAGGCAUAUGCAGGCAGCUGUUGUCAAACGGGGCAAGCCCAGACUCCAGGACUCUCCAAGGCUGGACUCCCAUGCACCUGGCUGCCCUAAGGGGACAUGAUGCCACAGUGGUCCAGCUUGAGAGUCAGGGUGGUAGUGUGAAUGCUGGGGGUGAAAAUGGAUGGACCCCACUCCAUCUCGCCUGCCACCAGAGUGAGCCGGAAGUGGUAGCAAGGCUCCUGGCAGCCAAAGCCGAUCCCAAUGUGUCAGAAGACAGUGAAGGAUGGAUGCCACUACAUGUAGCUUGUACCAGUGUCAGUUUCCCAAGUGUCCUCCACUUAAUAUCACAUCAUGCAGAUGUCAAUGCAUUAAACUCAGGAAAGGCAACACCUCUACACCUGGCUGCCCAGCGUGGAAGUAUGCCUAUUGUAAAGGCUCUGCUGCUGAAUGGAGCAGACAAGACUCUGCAGGACUCUUCUGGAACCACAGCUCUGAAUGUGGCCCAGAGGUGUGAAAAAUGUGAAAUAGUGCAACUACUGGAGGAGUAGUUGCAAUAUGAAUGGAAGGAUUACAGUAUAAUGAAAACAUGAAUUCCACAAGUGGACAUUAUCCUCAUUUUGAGUAGGGCAUUUUUAGGAAAGAUUAAUUAUUAUAUUUUCAUUAUUGAAUCAUAAACAGUGUAAACUGCACAAGGACUACUACUACUUCUCUAUAUCUUUCAAGAAUACUUACAAAAACUGGAUUUAAUUUUUUUUCCCAUUCUUCAUACAUUUAUUUGAUAAAACUCCUUACAUCAUUAUAUACUUACAAGAUAGUCUAUUCCUCUUGGAUUACAAAGAAACUCACUUUUUGUCUAAUUCUGCCAGCAAUAACUGUGCUGUAAGUAUCACAUACUGUAAGAUCUUGCCAUUUGCUGAUGCCAAAUCAGGCAUUUACAUAAAAUUAAAUGACACAAAAGUGGAAAAUAGGAAGGGGCCAACAUAUGGGGUCAGAAUCAGGUGAAGUGCCCUAUAAGUACAAAGCAUGUAUUGAUUCUCCUUUUUGAAUCACCUUGUUUGCUUCCUCUGUGUGCUUUCUUUGUGUUUGGAAUGAAUGCUGCUGCCACAUAUGGAUGACUGCUGUUAUAAUGACUUAUAGAGGCAUUCAUUUGAUUAAACCUGUCAGACUUUAUGAAGGUGUUAUGUGUCUAAUAAUCUGAUAAAAAUAUGGAUGACAACAGAACUAGUGGAUCAUCACUGAGAUGCAUCUAUUGAACUCCUCCAACUAUAAAUACCUGUAUGUUUUAUGACAAGGCAAUGGCAUUCUGAUUAAGCAGUCAUUUCCUGCAGACUGAGGGAAACAUUGCCCAUCUUAUUCCACACUCAUUUACCACAGUGACACCUUAUUAAAUUGAAAUUAAAUGCAUGGAUUCAGGAGCUGUAUUGACAUGCACAUUCACAGGGUUUUUCCUGGAAUCACAAGAGACUGACUGACUGAGUUGAGUGGAAUAAAAUUACUGUAAACAAAGAGAGAAAAGUUAAAUUGGACUGAGAUAACAGUUAUUUUGGUUGAUAAGUGAAUGUCUGCUGUUUCCUUUAUCUUUGUUAUGUUAUUCCAAAAUGUCUAUUUUUCUCCACGACAUUUGACCGUCAGUAUACAAGGUGCUGUUUGUUAGCUUGCUUGGGUUGUCUCCCAGUGUUGCCAUUUUUUAAUGUUUGUAUAACACUGAACUAUCCAUGCAUCUUUUUAUAAUCCUAAGGGGGGUUUAAGAAUUGGAAAAGGCAUUACAGGUUAACAAAAAUUACACUUGCCACUUGUUUAUUUUUUCUACUUUCAUUCUUUGGCUGGACUUUUUUCCUGUGAUACUUGUGUUAAAUUUUUUUUUGAAUCAUUUUUAGACAGCUAUCAGGAAGCUUAGAUUUAGAUAAGUAAAAUCCUUAUUUACAAUGUCAUGUGGUUUAUAUCAGGAGCCUGACAAAGUAAAGUACCUGCUGACCCUGCUCUCACUGUAAUUUAUCCACUAGAGUUUGAAACGCAACUAUCAUAUUAUGAAAAGAGGCUCUCUGGAGAGGACCGUGUAUUUCAGAUUGGGUAGAAUGAUUUAUAGUUAGAAAUGUCCUUUUUACUGCAGCAACUCCCAUUUAAAAUUUAUGAGGCCUUCAAUGUCUUAAAAAUUGCAAGCAAACCACAUUUGUGUGAUUGUUAUCUCCAGUAAACAGUCAGAUGACAAUUGAACAGAUGGGAAUGACAAACAUCUGUGGAAUCCACAGGGCUGUGUCAUUGUCUAACCUGUCAGACAGUGUUUUUGUCCUUCUAACGUUCAAAUGAAACAAGUCUUUGUGUUUAACUAUCCCAUUGUUCUUAUGUCAGUUCCUGAAAAAUUAAACUCACUUUCCCCAACAACAUCUAAUCAGGCCUACCUAAAUCAAUGGUGCUGCCCCAACCUUUUUACACAUACGGUGACACAUCGGAUACUUUCUAUCAGCCCGUAAUUGCGUUUGCAGGCACCUAAACUAAUUUUAUUUUCUUAUAGGGAGACAAGCCGGAAGAAGCUAAUGUCAUGUAAGUCGCUCAUACCACAAACAUCAAGAGCUGAGGAAAGAAAGAAGAGGUUUGCAAAUUUAUUUUUAUUUAAUUUGAGAAGCCACAAUAUUCUUUAAUAACUUUCUUAAUAAGACUACUUAUGUAACAUAUAUAUUAUUCAUACAGAAAAAACAGUAGCUUAAUAACACACCUUAAAGAUGCUAGUACACUUGUGUUCUGUCACUUAUGUUUGAAAUGUGUGAAAUGAAAUAAUAAUACCAACUUAUAUAAUUGUUUUAAAUUCAACAGAAACUUUAUUUCCCAAUUGGUUUUACCGGCUCAAAAUGAUUAUAGAAUACACCUACACAAAUUAAAAAUGUGUUGCUGCAUUCAGUGGCUCAGAAUGCUUUGUUAUAAAAUUAAUCUGAAGAAAUUUGCAUAUAUAAUAGUAUUUUCCACAACUUCUACAAUAAGAUUAUUUGGAUAUGGGCUUGCUAUGAAUGAGCUGUUUUAUCCCCUUGUCUGAUGUUACCUAAACCCCUAUAUUGUGUUCAGCUUGUUUAUACAGAUGUUGUGUUUGCAUAAAGAUUUUAAAAUCUUA